AUGAACACAGGUACGGAAGGAUUGGAUGCGCACGGAGGUGUCGGUUCGAGAGCGCCGCUCCUGAAAGCUUCGAUAACGGGAGUGGUGACUCUGUCGUUUGUUACCGUGCUGCUAAGGUUCGUGGCGAGAGGAUGGAUCGUGAGGAAGGUUGCGAUGGACGACUGGCUUAUUGCGCUUGCUUGGGUACGGAUCACGAUUUAUGAAUGCCGGGGUUGGAGAGGGGAUGGGGGGAUUGUCGGUCGGUUGUUUUGGAGGGAUUGUUGCUGAUUUUUAUUUUUUAUUUUUAUUUUUUGAUCGUAUUUAGGUCCUAUCGUUUGCGAUGUCACUCACGAUAUGCUUAGGUAUGUUGCGUAUAAUUCUGAACCCAGGGGGUCUCGAUAUCAUGCUGUUGUUUUCUAACCCGAUCAUGAUUAGCUACAAGAUUCGGUCUCGGUGACCAUCGUGAACUUCCCCAAGAUGACCUCGCGGCCCCGCUGGGCAAGGUUCGUCGGUUUUAAUUUAAUUUAGUUUCCUUUUCCUCUGGACACGAACCGAGAUCUCUCUGACAUUUUUCGAUUCUGAAUCUAGGCUCGGUUCGCAUACACGCUACUCUAUGUAAGUCUUCUGAGACUUUGCCUUAUUACUCCUUUAUUUUUGCUACUGAGAGAUUAUUUGACUAAUAUUAGAUUCGUCUUAGAACCCUGCUCUCAUGGCGACGAAAACGUCGAUAUUGGUCUUUUACCUUGGGCUUUCGAAGAAUUACAAACUUUUGAGAAUCGCCAAUUGGACGACGUUGGCAGUCGUUAAUGUUGCUGGACUUAUCUUGACCUUGCUAAUUGCUUUUCAGUGCGAGCCUGUAAGUGCCCUAUUUGUUUUCGGCAUUCGGGGGCGUGUUGGGUGGAUUCUAUUGACAAUCGACGAUACCCAGGUCUCGGCAACAUUCCGAUCUUCUCUUCCUCCCUCGUUCAAAUGCAUACCGACAUAUACAAUGCUCUAUGCUUCUGGCCCCGUAAAUCUAAUAACCGAUCUGGCGAUACUCGUUCUACCAAUGCCGAUUUUGACUUCUUUGAGGUUGCCUAAGAAACAGAAGAUCAUACUGAUCGUGUUGUUUGCGGCUGGGGGGUUGUGAGUGAAUUGCUUUUAUCUUUUGUGGGGCUUGCCCCGAGUGGUGAGGGAGGGUUGACAUUUUUCGUGUUGAACAGCGUUACAGUAAUUGGUAUCGUAAGAAUUUAUUACUUCGAGAAGGCCGUUUCCACCGGCUUGCUGAACUGUGAGUCCCCUAGGAACUUCCUGAUAUGGCCUCGAUUAACUAAAAUAGGGGAUGGCUCACUAUCCUUCAUGUGGAGCUCAAUUGAAGUCAACGUUGGAAUAUUCUGUGCCUCAAUCCCCAUGAUAAAGCCGCUUGCUGCCAAAUUAUUCCCAAGCUGCAUCGGCGUCACGAGUGAUGGCUCCGCGACAGCGGGCUUGAUCCGCCCUUCUGCAGCCCCCACUGGCAGUAGUGCGGGCAGUCGGCCACCAGGGUUCUUCAAUCUUCCGGGGCCGAAGUGUGCCUUGGCGCUCGAUUUGCGAGAAUCUAUUCGGCCGGUGUGCCUGAUUACUGGGCUGUUCUUCAUUUGGGGGUUUGCAUAUGGCUUUGUGGAUACGCUGAAUAAGCGGUUUGAAAUGCUUAUUGACAUAAGUACCGAGCAGUACGUUGGUUUGCAUGCUGCUUAUUUUGGGUUCGUUCCUCUUCGCGGUGUCUCCCGGGCCUAAUUUCUGACGGAAGCAGGGCAUAUGCUAUCGCACCACAGCUGAUCGGUGGGCCGGUGCUUAAGAGAUACGGGUUUAAGGCUACAAUCAUAACUGGGUUGACUGCCUCCGGGUGUGGUUGUCUGGUUUUCUGGCCCAGCGGAGUGCUGCGAAGUUACGAGGGGUUUUGCACCUCGAUGUUUCUUGUGGGGAUGGGAUUGGCUACGUGGGUACUCCCCCGGCGAUCUCCCUUGGGUUAGGCUAACUCCUCCUCAGGAUUGAGUGUGCUGCGAACCUAUUCAUGAUCCUUUGCGGCCCUUCUGAAUAUAGUGAGAUACGAUUGAACCUGGUGCAGGGCGUGCAGCCAGUAGGAACCUUACUAGCGUCCAUCUUUGCGUCAGAAGUGCUGCCGGCAGUGGCGGAGAACCGGGAGGGAUCGCCAGCAGAAACUUGGCUCAUCGACGCCCAAUGGAUAUACCUCGCCUUCGGACUAUUCACUUUCAUAUUAGCAUUCGCAUUCUAUUACGCCGACAUCCCCGAAGUGAGGGACUCAGACUUUGAUCCCGAGCAAAGUAGGACCGACAACCCUCCCAAAUACCUCCUGACAAGUGAGUACGGCGUCGGUUUUGUCUGGGCAUUCCUGGCGCAGCUAUUCUACGUGGGGGCCCAGGAGGUGGUGAUGUCCUUCUCAAUCAUUUAUCUUGGCAAAAAAAUCUACGAAGGCUCCUCGCACAUCCGCACGGGGCAAGGCCUAUUCAUUGCCGGCCGCUUCAUCGCCGCGGCCUUGAUGUUCGCGGUGAAGCCUAGGUGGAUCCUCCUCGCCGCCCUCUGCGGCGGAGGGAUAUUCUCCGUCCUGGCAAUGACCGUCUCUGGCGGCCAAGUGCAUCUCGGCAUGCUACUGAUGGUCUGGCUCUUCGCAUCGUCCUGCUUCCCCACAAUCUUCGCAUUAUCCGUCCGCGGGCUGGGCGUAUACUCCAAGGAUGCCGCAAAGCACCAAAUCACGGCCGUCGGCGCGGGUGCGAUAUUCCCGGGAGUGUAUUACGCCGUGGUGCACAAUAAAGGCGGGGGCCCUUGGGCUGCCAAAUACGCCAUGUGUGUGCCGACGGCAUUGUUUGCUGGUGCCGCGACGUAUCCCAUCUACCUAUGUAUGAGGUCUAAAGAGCGGGAGCGGUUAAGGCGAGUGGAGAAGGGUACGCACCCGUCAGGCCCGUCUAAAAUGGGUGGGACGACGGCGGUGGAGAGCGAGCAUGUUGAAGUGCCGGGGGAUUGCUAGAAGAGAGUCCACCCGCUCAAUGUUUCGGUGUUCGAAUUUCUUCUCUUUCUUUUAUAUAUUUGAGUGGGGUUGGGUGUUGGGAGUUUGGCGUAUGGGUAUUCCACUUUAUCAUACUUCCCUUCCCUUCCCUCCCCCCCCCUCCCCAUCCCUGAAAGGUCAGGAGGGGGGAAUUUCUCGACCUUAAAAUAUCCCUUUCGUAGAAAUGGGAUUGUUCAUGUGCUGGUAAAAUAUAUGUAUUAUAUUAAAUUUUGUAGUAAAAGAAUAAAAUGCGACGCUGUGAAUGCUUAGCCCCGCUCGUUCGCACAAGUCCUCUAGAUACAGUACCGGUAGACAAGGGUCUACCUUCCCGCGCUCCCUGCACAAUCAAAGCGCUAGCCUGGCGUUUG